UUAGUAGCCCUGGCUGUUGACUUCUUGUCAAAAUAUUUUGCUCUUGGGUUUAGCUGAAUUUUAAGCAAUUAUAGCUUAAUUUGUGUAAAUAACAUGGCGAAGAUAUUGAAAGUGUCCACAGGAUUAACCGGCUUGGCUGUGGCCACCAAUCCCCACCACACACUGUCCGCGCUGUACGGCAAGAUACUGCGUGCUGUUAGCAAAAUGCCGCAGGAAUCAGCCUAUCGCAAAUACACCGAGCAGCUGGUGAAGCAGCGCGCAGAUGCUGUAGCAAAGAACAAGGACAUCGCCGCACUGGAGAAGUCGGUGGCCUGCGGCCAAGUAGAGGAGCUUAUUGUCCAAGCCGAGAACGAAUUGAUCCUCGCACGCAAAAUGCUUGGCUGGAAGCCAUGGGAGAAACUGGUGCAACAAGCACCUGCCAAGCAAUGGGACUGGCCUCCAGCACAAAUCCUCGAACCCAAAGUCUAAUAAACAAACACACACACAUUUGAAUUGUAUGCAAUAAAACCUAAGGUCGAAAUCUA